AUGAAAGCCACGACCAACUUCAGCGACCCUAGAAACGAGAGCAGCUGCCCCAGUGACAGCAGAGUCAGCCAAGUCAUCUUCCCUUUGCUCUACACCAUCCUGUUCCUGGUGGGCAUCACCAUGAACGGCCUGGCCAUGUGGGUCUUCUUCAAGGUCUCCAGCAAAUCCCAUUUCAUCAUCUUCCUCAAGAACACUGUCAUCUCUGACUUCCUCAUGACCCUGACGUUCCCAUUCAAAAUCUUGAGCGAUGCCAAGCUGGUGUCGUGGGUGCUGAGAGGGUUUGUGUGCCAGGUCACCCAGGUUGUCUUCUACUUCACCAUGUACAUCAGCAUUCUGUUCCUGGGCCUCAUAACCAUCGACCGCUACCAGAAAGCCACCUCCCCCUUCAGAACAUCGACACCCAGGAGCCUCCUGGGAGCCAAGAUCCUGUCCACAACCAUUUGGGUAUCCAUGUUUGUCCUCUCCUUACCCAACAUGAUCCUGUCCAACAAGAAGCAAACGCCCAAGACCGUCAAGAAGUGCGCCCUGCUGAAAUCAGACCUGGGCUUGGUCUGGCACGAAGUGGUGAACUACAUCUGCCAGCUCAUCUUCUGGCUCAGCCUGGCAGUCAUCGUGGUCUGCUACAUCCUCAUCAGCAGGGAGCUCUACAAGUCCUACAGAAGGACCAGAGGCACGGGCAAGGCAUCCAAGAAGACAGUCAACGUGAAGGUGUUCAUCAUCAUCGCGGUGUUCUUCGUCUGCUUCGUGCCCUUCCACUUCACCAGGAUCCCCUACACCCUGAGCCAGACGCGUGACGUCUUCCACUGCUCCGCUCGCAGGACCCUCUUCUACCUGAAGGAGAGCACCCUCUGGCUGACCUCUCUCAACGCCUGCCUGGACCCCUUCAUCUAUUUUUUCCUUUGCAAAUCCUUCAGGAAGUCCUUGCUGGACAUGCUGUGCAAGCACACAGCAUCCCUGGAACUCGGGGCACGGAUGAAGGAGCAGAAUGAGAGAGAUGACACAGACGAGACACCAGUCUGA